CGUUGUAGGUCUGCAGGUCGAGCAGUGAACUAAUUUCUAAGUCGUCCGGUUCCUUCACGAGAUUAUAUGAUUGUAGGAUCUUGAGGUAUUCGGGAACAUUACGAUGUUUAAUCAAUGAAUGUUAUAGAUGGAGACGUCAAUAGCACACUGCAAACAGAUAGGAAUACCUUCCAUGCGGAAUCAAGUGUGAUUUACGAGGUGUCAGCGAUCUUAGGCGAUGUAAUUGAAAUGUUUGCUUUCAAGUGAAAGACCUAAGAUAUUACACGUUAGUUGGGUGCUCAGUUGCGAAAGCUUAACAUCUAGAUCGAUUCAGUGUGUUUUGGGUGGUGGUUUCGGCGACAAGUUAGAAGAAACAUAUCUGGAAAAAUGCUGUAGACUGGUAAAUGCAAUCCCAGAGGGGACAGAACUCCAAGAUUAAGUAAUUAUCUUCAAGGAAAAUCAGCUCUGUAGCAGUAGACAGUCCCAGAUGAAAUGGCGGCGUCAACGGAGUCGGGUGGAUUUAAAGUUUCGGAAGGGGUAGUUGUACAGGCUUCACCCGUGAAUAUAGCAGCACCGUUCUGUCAGCACGCUGAUAUAAAUGUACCACUUUUGGGAGACAAAGGAAGUAAAAUAGAUAAUGAUUCAGUGGAUGUACAAUAUCUAAAAUUGGAUUUAGAUUCAAAUGUAUAUAAGUUGAUUCCACAAUCAGAUGAUAUAAACUGCCUCCGAUCGAAUCCCUUGAUUGUUAUGUGUUUGGUUGGCUUCGCAGAACAUCGACCAAUUUCUCUAUAUCCCGACCUUCUUUGGCACUAUAUCGUGAAGGGUGUUGCGUUCCAUGUGCAUUCUAACCCAGAUGAAUUACGUGACAUAUUUGUGGACCAUGCGGGCAAAAGGGAUGUUGUUAUAAAGCGCCUUGAAACAGAUCGAGAGGAGACGAAUGUUGAUAAAUGGAGAAAUCUGAUCAGAGAAUUCGCGGCUCAAAUUCAGCCAAGUUUGAAAGAGACGUCACAGAUUGUCUACGGAGACAGAUUUAGUACCACAACAGAUGUAAUCACAGAUGUCUCUCGUAUCGCACUCAUGGACACUGCUCAGAGGUGUUUCCGGUUCAAAUCAGUUAUCAUUUGCGGAAUUCCAAGCGUGGCAUUACUCGGCAAUGUUGACGAUUGGCGACAGCUAAAACGUCAAACAGAGGCCUUGAUCAAACUGUUUGAGCCAUUCGAUGAUGAAUUAAACUUAAACUGGUGGAAGAGGGCUAUACUGUCAGUCUUGGAGAAGCUUAUCAAAUGCUAUGAAUGCCCGGAUGAAAAAGCCAACGCUGAUUGGAUGGCAAGAAUUUUCAAAAGUAAUCGAGAAUUUUACGGUGGCGAUAAAAACGUUACUGGUUGGAUCAACGUUUUCUUUCCGUAUGUGGGCUACAAUACCUUAGAGCCGAACGAAAUGGCCAAGGUGGCUUAUUGUGUUAAUCGAUCCAGAAGCACCUACGUGGACAGUGAUGAUGAUUUAGACACUUUUGAUAUUGUUGAAAAUACUGCAAAUGUUGAACUUCCAGACAAUGUCGCAUAUGAUAAUAAAACGGGUGAUACAGAUUCAGAUGAAGACAGCGUUCUAUCAUACGCAACGGAUCACGAGUCAUUCCAGCAGACGGCGCUUUACCCAAAAGCAAUUUCAACUGCCCCAUUUACAUUGAACGAAAUGGGAACAUUAACCAAGAUGGCGUUUAAUGGCGGACCGUGCUGCGUAACUGAGCAGACUGUUCAAAUCGAAGGAGGUCCUACUCAGAUAGGGACCCUACAUGUACCGUUUGGUUGGUCCGUUGUGACAGACAAGCCAUCUAAACAUGGUUGAUGACCUCUCACUGAAAUGUUGAUAUAAAUGUGGUCGGCCCUAACUAAACUGAUGUACUGCAGAUUUAAAAGUGUAAAAAUUAUAGGCGAUUGAAAUAAUCUCAGUUUUGUUGCUGUUCUUCAUUUUGCCUGUCAAAUUCAGAUAAAAGUUAAAGGCAGAAUCAGAUCUAUAGUGGGUGACAAAAUUACAAGCGACUUUUAUAAUUUACCUACCAAUCUCUUCCUUACAAAUACAAUAUCUCCCAAAAGAUUCACAAUAUGUUAUAAAUUAGUGAAGUUAUUAAUGAUUCAAAGUGCAAAAAUGGGUGGAAAUGUUUAAAUCCUCCCAAAUAAUAAGAAAUUACCAUUCUUAUAGAAAAAGAAUACAUUAUUGUAAAAAUCUUUAGUUUUCC